GAUUACGGACGUGAAGGGCACAUCACUAGCGCCUCUGAAUCGUUGCGAAAAAUAAUCGUUGAAGCGUACUGUCCGUGACUGCGUUGACUAUUUUAUUCGCAAAUCCCGAUUAUUCAAGUAGUUUUACUGUUAUUUCUUAAUCAUAACUAAUACGCAAUCGUUAGUUAAAUAAAUGGCAGACAAAAAAGUGACGCCGCCGCUGGGCGCGUACCCGCAGCCGCAGCCGCCGCAGGGGCCCUUCCUGCCGGCACCGCCGCAGCACGCCGCGCCGCAAUAUGGAGUGGCAGGAGGCUCUCCGUACGGCGUUACCUUCGGCGGAGCAGGGGCUGGCGCUGGAGGCGCCGUGUACGCCCCGCCCCCGUAUGAUCAGCUCCAACAUCAUCAGAUCCCAGCUCUGACUCAACAAUUGCCGGUCUCUACGUUGCAGCAAAUGUAUAGCCCGGCAGCGGCGAUGUACGCAGCGGCAGCAGCAGGCUACCCCGGCUACAUCGGCUACCCGGUGCAAUACUACCCGUACUACCCGACGAUGCAACCCUCUAUUCAGCCUCUACGCCCCACUAUCAUGAUCCCGCAGAACGGUUUCGAGGCCGGCGGGCGGUUCGAGGGCCUCGCGCAGACGCUGCUGCCCCCCGCGCCGCCCAACGUGCCCCCCUCCCCCGCACAUCUCGCCGCAUUACAACCCCAUCAAGUUCUGUGGCGUUAGUUUCCCCUCGCAGCCUUCGACCGGUGAAGCCAAUAUAUCAGCAUAGCUCCGUCUCACUCGUAUACUGACACUGCUCAUUCAUCAUCAUCAUCAUCAUCAUCAGUUCAGCAAGACUUAGAAAGAAAACAACUGGUAAACUUGCUUCAUUGUCAGUUUGUAUUUCUAUGUAGCCUACCGUAUAGAAGUCAAUUGAAGAUCUUUAACACAUUCACCGCUAAGCUACGGUCGUAGCGCUACGUCGUAGCCGAUAACAUGGGUUUCUCGGUAUGUAGCGUUGUAGAGACAAAUCGACAACGUGACGUGCUUAGCGCUGAAUGGGUUAAUAGGCGCCUAAAACGGGAGUCUUCAGACUUUUUGACCCGAAGUUGGCCUUCGGCCUCCCGCUUAUAUGAGGGUCAAAUUUAGGCCUUGUGGGACAAAAUUUGAGCUUACAGGCCAAAUUUGACCCUGGGACCUUAGUUUGGAGACCCUUGGUCUAAAAUAUCCCUAUUUGUUUUAAAGACUAAAGAAAUGUCAACAGAAAUUGUAAUGAUAUAAGUCUUUUAAAACGAAUUUCUAUAGUGGAAUUGGUUUUUAAAGUUAAUAAGGUAGUAGUAAAACAUUCUCCUAAUAUUCCUCUUAAGAGGAAAAUCUGUAUAUUUCACUAGAAAUUAGUAAAGUGACGUAUACGAGUGAUUUUUGACGUAAAGCAGUUAAAAUGAGAUAUUUUCUUAAGCAAAGACCUCGAAGAUAUCAAGUAAGAAUAAUUUAAAUGUAAAGACAGCCGCUAGAAAUGAAAUAUAGCAACGCACAUGUGACACUCCUGGAGUUGCAAUCGUCCAUACCUACGUCCUACUGUGGCCGUUCACUAUCGGACUGGAUGUUGUUUGCCACCACACAGUCCAAUUAGAAUUUUAGUUAUUCGAUCGGAAACAGAUCGGAUAACUAAAUCUCGAAUUGGCCUGCUACUGAUGUUAAAAUAAUUGAUAUCUAAAGAAUUUAUGAGUUCUGUGGCGUUUUCAAGCAAAAUUAUACUUAUUGUUGGCACAGUAAAGCCUUUUUAUCGUAAAGGCUCAAUGAGAAAUCACCUUUAUCGAGUUAUAGAAAUAGGGUAAUUCGCCAGUAACUGGCCACAUUUAGUAACUGGCCACCCCAAACCAAAAAUGAAUUCUAUUCACCUAUAAAUAGAAUUCAUUUUAGAAUAAGGUGGCCAGUUAUUGAAACCUUAUAUUAAAAUGAAUAGAAUUCAUUUUUAGUUUAGGGUGGCUAGUUACUAAAAGUGGCCAGUUACUGGAGAAUUACCCUACUAAUAUUAUUUUAUGUGGCUGUCUUUACAUGUAUGUAACAAUAUUUAAAGAUAUAUUUAUAUAUUCGAAAGUCGGUCGGUGGUCAUCUCUGUGACGUCCGUGACAUUUGCCGGCGGUUGACAUGUUGACAGGCCAAAAUUGACAGAAUUUCAAUUCAAGUCAAAGAUGUUUAUUAUUAUUAUUCAAUUUCGGUAACAAUGUAAUGGUACCAUCAAGCUGGUCAGAUGGCGACCGAAGGUAAUAAAAAUAUUAUUAAAAAAUGCAAGUUUGGGCUCGUAGAAUCGUCUCAAUUAAUAGUAGUUGAGCGUCUAAAGAAAAUCAGUCAGGGAUAUAGCUUGUAUCCAAAAUGACAUUUUUGACAAAAAUAUAUACAGGGUGGCUAAAAAUAAGUGCAUUCCAGUUGUCAGGGAGGUUUUGGGAUUAUACUGAGCAACUUUUACUAUGGGACUGACCGAAAUCGAAAAUAAUAAUUUGGCUGUUUCAUACAUUUUGGCUGGUCCAUUUUCUAUGGGAGGGUAAAUUUUAUUUUCCCGAUUUCGGAGUUGGUCCCAUAGUAAAAGUUGCUCAGUAUAAUCCCAAAACCUCCCUGGCAACGGGAAUGCAGUUAUUUUUUAGCCACCGUGUAUACCAAUCAAUUUUAAAAUCAUCAAAUGAAAUAUUCUAAAGGUUUUUAUAUUGUUGUGAAAUUAAUUUGGUCAGAUCGUUUAAAACCGAUUGUUAAAAUUGUUAUAUUCCUAGCGUCUAUAGGCUAGAUGCUUACUUCAUUAGGCUGUACGCUUGUUUGCUACAUAUGAAGUAAACUGUAGAUCAAAACAAAUUAUAAUAUAAAUAUUAUAAAAAUCUAUUGUGACGUUCCAAGGGGCAAAAGGUACCUCAUGGCGGCUGGCACUUAUGCUGUUAUUCACGACGCUCCAAUACGAAUACGCUGCUAUGCGUCGUAAACGCCAACCGCCAUACGGUACCUUUACCCGUAGAAGGUCACAAUUUAUAAAAAGGUAAAAUCUGUAUGAAAUGUCAACCGCCGGUAGUCUUAGACAUAACAAUCCGGUUAUAUAUUUGACUGUGAUGCCUUGCGCUAUGCCAUAGUGUUUGCUAAAACGUCAACGCACACGUGACACCCUUAUAGAGUGAAACUAUGAAUUUGAAAAGUCGGAGCGAUAAUUCGUUAAUUGUAUCAAGUCAAAGACGAACUUGUUAAGAGCUGUUGCAAGCGUCCAUAUUCUGCGGUGUCCGAUUACUACAAGGCGAAAAAUAAACUUAACCCUUUGAACACCACGCCUAUCGUGUUCGCGUCAUCAUGAACCUAUUUAUAGGUGAAUAGAAUUCAUUUUGAGUUUAGGGUGGCCAGUUAUUAACGGGUGGCCAGUUACUGAUGAAAUCAAGUUAUUCUAGAACGAUGUUAAAGUAAACACUGGCAUAGUGAGCAAGUGUGCCGUUUGGCGAUUCUAGUAUUACUGGGACUAUAGUCGGGCGCUGUCUGUGUCAACUUCACGUACAGUCGGCUACAUUUUACGACACCAGAGAUAAGUGAAUCGAGAAGACUGAGAAUCUCCAGUUUAAGUAACGAAGGUCACUAUUUUCUUGCGUGUUUAUUUUUAAAUGAAAAUAUGAGUGUUGAUUUAUCUUUAGGUACGUGUUCGUUUUUAUCCUCAGAUAUAUUUAAUUACACAAACGGGUCUACCGCGAAAUAAUUUCAUAGUUUUUACCUUAAAUUCCGACCCGACGUUGCACAAAUGGUGCAACUCAGCUGAAACGUGUGUACAAAACGCGAGAGUUUAAAGUGUUAUAUCCUCAGAUAUAUUGACACUUAGAGUCGGUUGCACCAAACGGUCCAUCACCGUUAAAGCGUUCGCUAAAUUUUAUUGUAUGAGACAUUUCAUAGUUCACUGCUGAAUGAUGUUGAUCAGUUCGUCAAUUGUGGUUGGUGCGACUGGCCCUUAACACAUUCAGUGCCGAAAACCCGACUAUCGGGUAUUUUAUGAUUUCGUUCCCAGGCCGGACGACCCGAUAGUCGGGAUCGUGGUACUACUGCUUUAUAUGACGAAAUUGUUGUGGCCUGGCGCGGACGUCUUGUUUGGCUGGGUGGCAAUUAAUGUGUUAAAGCGUCAUCGUCAUUGACACGUAAUGAAUUCGUGACUCGCGUUACUUUAAGGAAUGACUGCGUUGUUGACGUUGGUGUAUGGUCAUUGUUGUAGAUGGCGCUAUUUAUUGUGUAUUUUAUUUAGCUUUGUGUGUAUGAUAUCUGCCAUUUAACUGCUAAUUACAACUUUAAAACGUAUACUUUGAACUAGCUUACCGCUCCCACAGGCACAGAGUUAAAAUAAAAGCAUAAUAAUUUUGUUUUAAGCAUGGUAUGAAUAGCGCCAUUUAAUAAACAUCAAAGGAAAGACAGAAAAAAUAAAUUUCUUGCCAUUGUAAAAACCAAAAUUUAUAUUUAGAUUUAGUUAAGAAAUCUCUGUCAAGAAAUCACAAAUCUUCAUAUAGUCCAGUGAAAAAACUACAAUAUUUAAAGGUUUUUCCAAGUUUACAGAAAAUUGAGAAUGCACCUUAACUUUGACAGCUGUCAAAAACGUUGACAGUGACAGAUGUCAAAGAAGUUGACACAGACAGCGCGUGUAGGUAUAUAAUUGAAAGUAAAAUAAUACGGUUGUGCGUGACGUGAGUGAAAGAGAGAGAGAAUGGUCAUUUGUUCUGGUUUGUUGAAUUUGACAGCUGUCAAGAAUGUUGUGUAAUAAACAUGUUUCUUGUUAUUAUUAACUUUAAUGCAAUUUAACAAGAUUUAAGUAAAAGGAAAGGUUUAGAGAAUUUAUCAGUAUGUCUGUCGUAGCAUCAAAACUACUGAGUCGAUUUUAAUGAAUUGGGGGUCAAACGAUUCGUUUUUGUGACCCUAAGAAUAUAAGCUUCAUUUCUAACCGACUUCCAAAAACAAGAUAUUAAUACAGUUUAUAAAUCUUGAAAUUAAAAAUAAGUGUUAUUUUGUCUAAAUAAUGAGACACAUGUUUUUACAUACAUUCUGUACGGUUGUCAUUUGCGAAUAUAAUUGUAUGAAACGUAACGUCGGACGAAAUCGCGUCCGACUGUACUUGGGUCUUGAAAGCAAUUUAAACGAUUAUUUGUUGCAAUUCGUUGUUUCGCGUUUAUGCCACAAGUGGUCCAAUCAAAGAAUUUAUAUACUAUUUAGAAAUAACCUGUAAAACACUUUAUUUGCUAUCAGCAACACGUAUGUGACACCUCUGAAGUUGUGAACGUCUAUAGGUUACGGGUAUCGCUUAUUUACAGGCAGACCGUACGCUCACUGGCCACAAUCGUGGAAUAAAAAUACUUUCCCAUCAUAAAAAAAACGACUUUAUUUUGACUUGUACUGGUUGGUUUAUUAUUAAGCCGGAAACCUUUUUGAUUGGACUACAUUGACUGGGCUACGAGCGCGUUAGUGAAUGAAUCUCAGUGAAGGGGCCUUUAUAUUUACGUUUAAGUCACACACGGGUCUAUUAUUGACAUAAUAAAACGAAUGCAAUGAAUUUGUGGUCUAUUGGGAAUAGGUAACAGAACGCCAUUAUGUCUAAAGUGGUCUAUAGGUCAACAUAGUUGUCGAAAAGAAUCUAAUUUCUAGAUAGACGGUAUAAUUUUUAUAAUAUUGAGUAUAGGGUGCGUAGCCAAGAUGCCAAUCGCUUACGCUCCGUAGCGAACGAAACGCAACUGUCACGCACUAAUAUGGAAGAGUGAUAGAGAGAGGUUACCGUAUCACGUGCACUUUGCUAGGCACCCAGGCGUCGAAUAGAAAAAUAUCUUGUAAAAACUGUACUUUGGGACAGUACGACAUUUCUACCCAUAAAGCGAAUCACACACUGACGCCGCGAUCUGCCGCGGAAGCGAAGCGACAGAUCUUAUGCAAGUAAGCACAAGAAGACUUACAAUAAACAAUAUAUGGCUCCCAGCGUUCAGAUCGCGUGUGGUGUGUAUAUCGCUUUAAAAUACAGGUAUCGUCUUGGGCCGUGCCAUUCGUUUUUCAUCAAGUUCUUAAAUUAGUCCUAUUCUGCUUUCGUCACUCAUUCUACAUUCGUCACAAUCGUCGGUGGUUUUCAAUGUAGAAUGAGUGACGAAAGCUGAAUAGGACUAAUUUAAGAACUUGACGAAUAACGAAUGGGACGACCCAAGACGAUACCAAAAUACAAUGUAAUUCAAUAAACCUAUUUUCUUUAGACUAAACAGUGAAAAAGUAAAAUGUUAUAUAUCAGUUAUUUCACUUAUGACAUGUUUUGGCAAGACAAAGACAAAAGAUAAAAUAAAAACACACACACAGACAGAUCGCGGGUUCGAUCUAAGAUAAGCAUUUUU